UUAAUAUCGUCAAUCCUACAAUGUUAUCUACUGAUUAAAAAUUUAUUUCCUACCAGAUAUGCUCCAUUUGCUGUUAGUUGCCCAUUAUAUUUUUCCGGUAUUGUUUUAAAUACCUUUUUUCUAAUAAAUUCAGCAGUCAAUAUGAUUACAAUGAUAAUAUAUAAUAUGUACCGCUAAUAUUAAAAAAUUAUAAUCAAGAUACAAGCUACUUUGAAAUUAUCUGAAGCUUAAUAGUCUACGAAAUGAUGGAAUAAGGAUGAACGGGGUGCCGGUAGACCAAGAAGAUACUUGGAAUGUUACAGAUCUGAAAAAUGAAAAUAUUAGCUCGAUUAGUAAGUCUGCCUAACUUAAUUAUAUUGGCUGUAAUAUUAACUUUGUUAAUAUGCUUUAACGUGAUAAAGCAAACAAUAAUCGAGCCAGAUGGGUACGAAUAUAUUAAUCUAACAAAGCUAGAUCGGAAUAUAAUUAUUAUAAAGGACAAAUCAACGCUUACAAAAGAAACGUGGCAGUAUGUAACUGACGAUCAAGAAUCGAAAUUUUUAGUAUUUUCUGCAUAUCUGGACGACCGAAAAACUGACAAAUUUGUUCGAGUAAUAGCUGUUGGAAGAACGCGAAAUCCUACGCCCGUUUGGUGCAAGCUCUACUAUAAAGCAGAUGAUCAAAAUACUUAUGGAACGAAGACAAUUCAAGGUAACCAUAUGGUGAUAUCAGAAAAUUGGGGCCUUAAAUACACUGCCCGUUAUGUGCUUUGCCCAAUAGAUACGACUAAAAUUCUACCUGAUGCUGUAAGCAUUUUAACGAACCCAGACAAGGAACCAAUGAAUAUUCUAACGGUCAUUGUAAAUUCUAAAACACCAGUAGAUUGGGACGUUUUUAAUUUACCUAAAAAAAUUGACAGUAUUGCCGUUUGUGUUAAACCGCUUCACAAUGAAUAUAAUAAGGAAAUUGAAAUAAUGGAAUUUAUUGAGCUCCAUCGCCUACUAGGAGUGAAUCAUUUUUAUUUCUAUAAUCACACUCUUGGGUCACAAGUCGACUGUUUAUUAAGGAAUUACAUCAGUGAAGGAGUCAUCACGGUUUUAGAUUGGCAAUUGCCAAUUAUAUCACAGAAGGAAAUAAGAACGGAAGGAAUUUUCGCUGCUCUCAAUGACUGCUUAUACAGAACGAUGUGGCACCACUCCCAUGUACUGUUUAUAGACCUGGACGAAUACAUUAUGCCAGAACAGGUGGAUACUUACAAAGAACUGCUAGAACACUUAAAUACUAAACCCAAAGCACAAACAACUGGAUCAUUUUCAGUAAGAAACGCAUUCUUCUAUCGACAAUGGCCUGACGAUGAAGACAUUGGCAAUUUAAACGAUGAACCCGCCAUGAAAUCAAUCACGUUGAGAAAAACGAGAAGAAAAACUGAACUAAAUCCUCAUAGAAUACGAUCUAAAUACAUAGCUAGGCCUGAAAUGAUAACUAUGGUUGGAAAUCACUUCAUUUGGCAAUAUCUGGACAGGAAACUUGGUCCAAUGAAUGUUGAUCCCGAGGUUGCCCUUAUGCAUCACUAUCGUGUUUGCGAAUUUGGAGGUGAUGACUGCGUAGAGCAAUCAUCGAUAGUCGAUCGUAGAGUAUAUACAUACAAAGAUCGUUUACUAAGUGAAAUAAGAAGUAAAUAUUAUAAGUUAAGAGAUAAGUGUCAAUUAUUAGAAUAUUAAGAAAUAAAUGUAUAUUUAUAUAUUAUUUAA